CCUGCUCCGGCCAGGUGAAGAGAGCAGAUAAAACAUUUAAAAACUUUCCUCUAUUCAACAAUUACUUUUAUUUGUUGGGUGAUCGCGACUUCGUAAUAUAUGCUGACUUAAAAAGAUUUGACCGAGAAUUAACUCUCGGUGAUAACCGGCAAUCACAAGCAAGCAAUACAGCCUCACUCAUAUCUGUCAUGAAACGUGAAUAAUCCAAUAGCUUUCGACCGGGUUAUAUUUUUAUUCACGAUGGUCACAAGGUUUACCACUGUUAGCAUCGACGCGGCGAAACAUUUUUGCCAAUGAAGUUUGUUUUUAGCGUUAUGGAAGCCGGACUGAACGAUCGCAAAGAGCCGCUUUCACGCUGGCCGUCUUCGUCCAACGUAAUCUUUAAUCAGGCGGUAGUCGAAGGCGACGUGGCGAAGGUGAAAUUCUUAUUAAAAUACGGCGGAAACCAAAUUUCAGUCAACGAAAAAAACAAAUUUGGCUUGACACCGCUGCAGCAAAGCUGUCUCGAGGGAAACAUAAGACUUGUUAUGAUACUUCUGGAUCACGGCGCAGACAUCGAAGGAAAAGAUGACAAAGGAUGGACAGCUCUUCAUUUUGGGAUCAUUGCUGGCCAUUGUAAUGUUGUUAGUCUUCUUAUAGAAUCCUGCGCGGAUCUGACUUGCGUCGAUUGCAAGGGCCGCCUGCCAAUUGACCUCGCACAGAACGAAGACAUGUUAGUUUUGCUGGCAACAGCUAUGGAAAGCGCUGGAUAUAUAGAAACUGCCCGUUUGUAUUUUGAAAACUGGGGGUUGAGAUCGCCCCGAUCUGAUGCUCCGACGUCGCCUUUGUCGCUACAUGAAGAUAUGGAGAUUCCCGAAAUAGACACCGAUAUCGAAGUUUCUUUAAAAGAUCAGGUGAAAACAGACUUCAAAGAUAAAAAUAUCCAGGAACUUGUUGAUAAAACUCCUCUCGAUACACAAUUAGUGAAGUCACAGUAACAGAAGGAAAGGGAUUUUAGAUUAUUAAUUCCUCUCUACCUAGAGUAAAAGUCUUCGUUCCGCACCAAGAUUUUUGACGCAAAUAUACGAUGAACCGUUUAAAGCGGUUACUUCGCCAGGAUAGUUUGAUCAACGGGUUGGCGAAUAUCAAGCUUGGCAAGGACAAAAACAAAUUUUUACAACCGAUAUUUGGAGUCAAGGACAUAUUUUAUGACAGAAAAAUUAAAUUUCGCUCAUCGACGAUUUGAUGACAUGGCAAACUUAAAAAAUUAUAGAUGUAAAUGAAAAAUUCGGUUUUUGUACGGGGAAUUCUACUUUUAGCCAAGACUUUUUAUAAAUAGCGCAAC